CUGCUCUCAAUCUCGCCCGGGCCUCUUUGGAGCAGAAGCACAACUUUAUUUUUCUUCUCUUCCUUCUUCCUUCCUUCUUUCUUUCUUUCCUGCGAAGAUACCACGAGGUGGGUCCCUUGCCUUUCGGAGAAGGAGCUGAACCUUGAGGAAGGAUGGAUCGGGGCCACUCGUCCACAGAGGUCCUUCAGGAGGAACAGGGCCAGGAGGCCUCUCCCGAUUAUGGCCAGAAGAGGGGUCCUUCUCGGGGGUCGCAUGGGAUGUCCUUGAGAUCCUCUCAGCGGAGAGCGAAGGAUGGAGGAGGAAGAAGAGGAGGAGGAGGCCUGGAGAGGCAGCCGAGGAAGGACAGGACCCUCCCGGAUCAGGACGAAGGUGCUUCUCAAGCCACAAAUCAGAAGGAAAUUCAUACAGGGAAGAAACCAGAGUGUGGAAAGAGCUUCACUGAAAGCGGAAGCGUACAUUCAUAUCCAAGAACACACCCUGUGAAGAAACCUUAUGAAUGCCUGGAGUGUGGGAAGAGCUUCACUCGGAGGGAACAUCUACAGACACAUCACAGAAUUCACACUGGCGAGAAACCCUAUAAAUGCCUGGAGUGUGGGAAGAGCUUCACUCGGAGGGAACAUCUACAGAGACAUCACAGAAUUCAUACUGGGGAGAAACCCUAUAAAUGCCUGGAGUGUGGGAAGAGCUUCGCUGACAAUGGAGGUCUACGUUCACAUCUAAGAACCCACACUGGGGAGAAACCCUAUGAAUGCCUGGAAUGUGGGAAGAGCUUCGCUGACAGUAGGCAUCUGCGUUCACAUCAAAGGACCCAUACCGGAGAGAAGCCCUACAAAUGCCUGGAGUGUGGGAAGAGCUUCAUUCAGAAGAGACAUCUACAGACACAUCACAGAAUUCACACUGGGGAGAAACCCUACAAAUGCCUGGAGUGUGAGAAGAGCUUCACGGAGAAUAGACAUCUACGUUCACAUCUAAGAACCCACACUGGGGAGAAACCCUAUAAAUGCCUGGAGUGUGGGAAGAGCUUCACGGAGAAUAGACAUCUACGUUCACAUCUAAGAACCCACACUGGGGAGAAACCCUAUAAAUGCCUGGAGUGUGGGAAGAGCUUCACUGAGAGUGGAGGUCUACGUUCACAUCAAAGGACCCACACGGGAGAGAAGCCCUACAAAUGCCUGGAGUGUGGGAAAGGCUUUGCUUAUGAUUCUGCUCUGGCUGGGCACCUGAAGAUCCACACUGGGGAAAAACCCUUUACGUGUCCGCAAUGUGGAAACAACUUCCGUAGUAGUUCUAGCCUCAAAUCCCACCAGAAGGUUCACACCAGAGAGAAACUCUAUGUGUGUCCUGAAUGUGGAAGCAGCUUUGCUCAUAAGGGAACCCUAAUUACACACCGGCGGCUUCACACGGGGGAAAAGCCAUACGAAUGCUCUGAUUGUGGGAAGACCUUCCAUCAGAGACCGCACCUCGUCGUUCACCGGAGAGUUCAUACGGGGGAGAAGCCCUACCAGUGUGAUGACUGUGGAAAAACCUUUACUCAGAGAAGCCACCUUACCGUCCACCGGAGAAUCCACACAGGAGAGAGACCUUACGCAUGCACAGUAUGUGGGAAGGCUUUUAAAACAGACUUGGCCCUUCAGUAUCACCAAAGAACCCACACUGGGGAGAAGCCUUAUAAAUGUUUGGAGUGCGGGAAAAGCUUCACUCAGAGCGCAGCCCUUUUUACGCAUCGGAAAACCCACACUGGGGAGAAGCCGUAUUCCUGCUUCGAGUGUGGAAAGAGCUUCAGAUGUGGGCCGGAUCUCACUUCUCACCAGAGGACCCAUUCUAGAGAGAAGCCAUAUCGAUGCUCUGAGUGUGGACAGAGUUUCAGUCAUAACACGAGCCUUGCUGCGCAUAAAAAGGUUCAUAAGGAAGGGAAUCCUGGCUGGGAGAUCUGCUCCCUUGCUUCCCUCUCUGAUUAUGGCCGGAAGAGAGGUUGUUUUCAGGGUCCGCAUGGGAUGUCCUUGAGAUCCUCUCAGUGGAGAGCGAAGGACGGAGGAGGAAGAAGAGGAGGAGGAAACUUGGAGAAGCAGCCGAGGAAGGACAGGACCCUCCCGGAUCAGGACGAAGGUGCUUCUCAAGCCACAAAUCAGAAGGGAAUUUGUACAGGGAAGAAACCAGAAUGUGGAAAGAGCUUCACUGAAAGUGGAGGCGUACAUUCAUAUCCAAGAACACACCCUGUGGAGAAAACCUAUACAUGCCUGGAGUGUGGGAAGAGCUUCACUCAGAUAAAGUGUCUACAGAAACAUCACAGAAUUCACACUGGGGAGAAACCCUAUAAAUGCCUGGAGUGUGGGAAGAGCUUCACUCAGAGUGGAAGUCUGCGUUCCCAUCAAAGGACCCACACCGGAGAGAAGCCCUACAAAUGCCUGGAGUGUGGGAAAGGCUUUGCUUAUGAUUCUGCUCUGGCUGAGCAUCUGAAGAUCCACACUGGGGAAAAACCCUUUACGUGUCCGCAAUGUGGAAACAACUUCCGUAGUAGUUCUAGCCUCAAAUCCCACCAGAAGGUUCACACCAGAGAGAAACUCUAUGUGUGUCCCGAAUGUGGAAGACGCUUUGCUCAUAGCUUGACCCUAAUUACACACCGGCGGGUUCACACGGGGGAAAAGCCAUACGAAUGCUUAGAAUGUGGGAAGACCUUCCAUCAGAAACCGCACCUCGUCGUUCACCGGAGAGUUCAUACAGGGGAGAAGCCCUACCAGUGUGCCGAGUGCGGAAAAACCUUUACUCAGACAAGCCACCUUACUGUCCACCGGAGAAUCCACACAGGAGAGAGACCUUACGGAUGUACGGCAUGUGGGAAGGCAUUUACAACGGGGACGACCCUUACUGACCACCAAAGAACCCACACGGGAGAGAAGCCCUACGCAUGUUUGGAGUGCGGGAAAAGCUUCACCCAGAACUCAGCCCUGAAUUUGCAUCGGAAAAUCCACACUGGGGAGAAGCCGUAUUCUUGCUUUGAGUGCAGAAAGAGCUUCAGAUGUGGGCCGGAUCUCACUGUUCACCAGAGGAUCCAUUCUGGAGAGAAGCCAUAUCAAUGCUCUGAGUGUGGACAGAGUUUCAGAAAUGGGUCUAAUCUCACUGUUCACCAGAGGAGCCAUUCUGGAGAGAAGCCAUAUCAAUGCUCUGAGUGUGGGCAGAGUUUCAGUUACAGUGGAAACCUUGCUGCGCAUAAAAGGGUUCAUAAAGAAGGGAAUCCAUAGACUUCACGUGUUGGGACAAAAUACUCUUCUAUAGCAAAUGUGUCCAUGCCAUUUGAUGCCCCCGUCGUUGUACCAGUAACCACACAUCUUAUCGGAUCCAUGCAGGAGUGGAAGCAGUUUUACAUGUGGUUGACAUCUUAGGGUGAAAUAUUGGGAAGUCAUUGCCUUUUUAAAGAGUGAGCUUAGAGUUGGUAUACAUUUUCUAUAUAAACGCCUCCAAAAAUGAGGUUCAUCAUAGAACCGCAGGUGUAUCUUAUGUCCGUCUCUUUGUGUACAGAUGUGUUUUUCACUACUUAGAAGAAAUGGGACAUGACGUGAUCUAUUUACAGGAAACGCAUAUACUUCCAAAAGACGAGCAACGACUUAUCAACUUCAGAAUGGAUCCCCACUAAGCAACUUUGAUGAAUCAGAAAAACUUUUCUUUACAUUCACUGGGCUUAUAGAUAAAUCGUAAACUAAUGCUGUUUUGUAACCUCUAACCUCUUUAGAAAUCUUGUUGAAGGUUCACCAUAGACUCGUGCUGGAGGACCCAGAAAUGCCCAGAGAAGGGUUCUCUGUAGGAAGCUAUGUCCUCCAACACAACUCUAGGGCCAGAUUGCUUCCUUUCUUUAAAGUUUUAGUCAACCAUAUAAACAAUUCUCUCUCUGUGUAUAUCAUUUUCAAUUGUAUGAAAUCAACCAGAGAUCCUUGUUCUCUUUCCUCUUGGAUGUCUCAAUCUUUUAAUAAAUGCCUUAAAACGUG